AUGAUAACAAUGAAACAGCAUGAAGAGAAGACAGAAGUGCAGCACCAGGAGGAACUAAUUCUAGGACUCUCAACUCAGCAACUCUCAUUAGAGAUGCUACAGGCUCUUCAGUUAGAAAUGAAACCUGUAAAUAUGCAAGCCAAAAAGGCCUUCUAUCGGCUCAAACUCAAAACAGUCCAGAGAGUCCUGCCCCACCUGGAAUACAGAAGCACCAUUAUCCAGGGAAUUCCUGGUUUUUGGACCAAGGUGUUUGUUAAUCACCCCCAGAUGUCAACUAUGAUCAAUCAACAAGAUCAAGACAUGCUUAGUUUUAUGUUUAAUUUACAGGUGGAAGAAUUAAGAGAAGCUAAUUGCUGCAAGAUUACAUUGUUUUUCAGGAAAAACAACUACUUUCAUAAUGAUGUGAUUGUCAAGGAAUAUCUCACUAAUUUGAGUGGUUUGAAACCAUCUCAUUCUACACCUAUUCAGUGGUGUCAUGAUUAUAAAGGCAGAGCAUACCGACGCUGGCACAACAAUUGCACUCUUAACUUGUUCAAUUGGUUCUACAACCAUAACUUUAAAGGUUCUACUACAAUUGCCGAGAUCAUCUAUAAAGAAUUGUGGCCAAAUCCUUUGAAGUAUUACCUGCAAAAGAAGGUACCUGAACAAGGAACUGUAAGGCUGGCAGGAAGGUCCCAGUUUGUGAUGUCAGGCUUGGAUUAUCUAUGCAUGCCCAUGACUCCCAACUAUGAGUGUUGCCUGGACGUGUUUUUCACUGUCCUGUUUCUGAAAGCUCUUGGUAGUGGGCUGAAAUGGGCCCAGAAAAAUCGCCCUUGCAAAGGCUCAUCCAAUGGCCAGAGUGCCGAGGAGUUGUGUUUGGCCAUAAAAACCGGCUAUUUGCAGUAA